AUGGCCCUCUCCGUCUCGCUGGACAAGGACGUCUUCGACUCUAUCCUCAAAAAUCUGCCUCCGGCCGAGUACCAUAUCCCGCCUCCUGAAUUCACAAUAUGGCAGCGUUUGAUGGCUCAGAAACCUGAGCAGCAUGUCGAAAAGAUUAGGUACAUGCUCAAUGGCUCAGCCGCAGGCAUGGGAAGGCAACCAACCCAAACAGAGGUCGACGCCCUUUGCGAGAUCACUUACAAAGAAGGCCGUACACUGGCCUAUAUCUUGCCAUUGGCUUUUCUUUUCGGCGGCGUCGCCGCCUGGAAAUCGCGCGGAACCUUCAAAUUUCCCUUUUAUCAACCAAAGUUCAUCAAAUUCGACCCGGAGGUGUUUCCCAGCAGCAAUAUUCCCUACGUCAAGGGUCCACCAGCCAAGAUUCUCUGGCAUAACCUUCGCUUCGUGACCUAUGGCAUGAUCUCCGCCAUCUGUACUGCUCCGUUGCUCGGCUCAUAUGCUACCUCCGUCGCCAUCGGCACGGUCGCCCGCGACGACCGCCUCGAGAACUUCCGCAAGGAUAUGAAGCCCGACAGGCUGAUCUCCUUGACUGCGGAUCAGAUGCCCCUCAAGAGCCUUCAGUCACAGCGGGCCAAGGUGAAUAGGACCAUCACUGAAUUGCAGCGCACGGUCGAGUCAAGACAACAUCAAUUGAGGUUGAAUCAAUCCGACAAGAACAAGGAAAACUUCACCAAAGAAAUCGAGUAUGCGACCACCAGAAUUAAGACCUUGGAGGAUACGUUGAAGCAAAUCGACGAAGCGAUCGCUCGGAAGAGCGACAACCAGAGUUCUCAGAGCUACGAUGAUCAGUCACCAACCCAGGGCUACUCGGCCAUCAGCUCAUCCGACUCUACCGCCUACCAAGAGCCCCAGGACAACGUUCGCCCCGAGUAUGGCACACCACGAGAAACUCCAGUCACGCAGAGUGGAUGGGGCCAGCAAAGUUCAUCUUCGCAGUCUGGCUGGGGCAAUUCCGAUUCGGACGGCUGGGAUGAUGCUUCGCCGGUGGCUCCGGCCUCGAGAUCAGCGCCUGAGUCGCCUUCCGGCGGCUCUGCUUGGGAUCGCCUGCGCCGAGCAAACCAGCGACCGCAGGCGCCCUCUGGCAACACUUGGAGCGGCUCACAAGUCCAGCAGGGCCAGUCUGGAGAAUCCGGAACUUCUGAGAAGGAUAAGGCUCAGAGGGAGUUUGACGAGAUGCUCGAGCGGGAGCGCCGGGCAGAUGAUCAGAGCAGUGGCAGAGGCAGCCGCUGGUGA